AGAACAGAAGAGACGGAAGUGUACUGCACAACACACAGUACAUGACUGGACAGGAGUCAUUCAUCGCCGGCUGCCCCCAGUCCCUGCACAGUAGCAGCCCGACAACCUCAACAACGCUCCGAUUGGCAGUUUCAGUCACUGAAGUGGACGCAUCGGUUUGACCUAGGAGAGCUUAUUGGUUGGGCAUUACGUCACAGCGGAGCGACAAGGAAGCAGUGAUCUCUGCGGCAGUAUGGGGCUCCUGACCAUUUUAAAGAAAAUGAAACAGAAGGAGCGAGAAGUCCGGCUGCUCAUGUUAGGGCUAGACAACGCCGGGAAGACCACAAUUCUGAAGAAGUUUAAUGGUGAAGAUAUAAGCACUAUUUCACCAACACUUGGAUUCAACAUCAAAACAUUGGAGCACAGAGGGUUCAAGCUGAAUAUGUGGGACGUUGGAGGUCAAAAGUCCCUGCGUUCCUAUUGGAGAAAUUACUUUGAGAGCACAGAUGGUUUAAUCUGGGUGGUUGACAGCGCUGAUCGCGCAAGGUUACAGGACUGCGCUCGAGAACUGUCUGGGCUUCUGCUGGAAGAGAGGUUGUCUGGAGCAACAUUACUGGUGUUUGCCAAUAAGCAGGACUUGCCUGGUGCCUUGUCUAAAGAUGCCAUCUGUGAGGCCCUCGAGUUGGAUAACAUUAAGACGCAUCACUGGUGCAUACAAGGCUGUAGCGCGGUGACCGGAGAAAACCUCCUUCUAGGGAUAGACUGGUUAUUGGAUGAUAUCUCCAGUCGCAUCUUUACCGCAGACUGACGGACGAGAUGCAGCAAGUGGAGACUGACGGACACAGCGGCUUAUUUAUUAUUUUGUGUAACAACGCCUAACAUGGCUGUGGCGGUCAGAGAGAAGCUGCGGAGCAGGCCACGGGGCAGAGGCGGCUUACUGGCAUGAUCGGCCCAUAAGUGGAAUUGGGCACAUUUUUUCAGUGACUUAAUUCAUAUUUUACAAUUUAAGAGGAUACGCCUGAACACACACAGGAGCUAACACAGUAAUGACCCGUCUUACAUUAAUCUCCAGAGGGAAGGGACUGUUUUAUUGCACUUAUGUGUGUUGAAGCUUUUAUUUACAUGUGGUAAUUGUGCCACAAAUGCACUUCUCCAAUAAAAUACAAGAUACAUCCUGUUCA